AUUAACCAGCAGGCUUUGCGGGAAAUUCACUUUUCGUGUUGCCUGGCAACACCUCCAAACUAAACGGACUUUGGGCGUCAGCUACAGACAUAAACUUAUCAGAUUGUGGAAAAGACAGAGCAGUAGAUGACUUAAAAUGGCGGAGGAAAACACAGCUUCUGUUGGAGAAAACACUGAAGCAGGUGAUACUGAGGACUCAGUGAUGCAGCAGGAGGCUGAGGAGGAAUCCAAACAUCGCCUCUCUGCAGACAUGUACUACGAAUAUGAAGAUCUCUGCUCCAGACCGUCCAUCACCCCCGACUCUGAGAUCCCAGAGAACCUCCUGCACCUCUCUCACUCCUUCAGCUACGACAGCGGGCGCAGGUCAAACCUGCAGCUGCUGGACGACACAACUCUGAUCUUCAUCGCAGGAAACCUCCUCGUCCUCCUCGACAUUUCCACCAAGGAGCAGAGAUACCUGCGCUCCUGCAGCGGAGGAGGAAUCGGCUCCAUCACGACACACCCAAGCAAACAGUACUUUGUCGCAGCAGAGAAGGGAAACCAGCCCAACAUCAUCGUAUAUGAGUAUCCCUCGUUACGACCGCACCGCAUCCUCAGAGGCGGCACCGAGCGGGCGUACAGCUUCGUGGACUUUAACCACGACGGCAGCCUGCUGGCCAGCGUGGGCAGCGCGCCCGACUACAUGCUGACGCUGUGGAACUGGAGGCAGGAGGAGGUGAUGCUGAGCUGCAAGGCCAUUUCUCAGGAGGUCUACAGAGUCAGCUUCUCCCCGUACAACCCAGGACUGCUCACAUCGUCGGGAUCUGGACACAUCAAGUUCUGGAAAAUGGCGAGCACCUUCACAGGUCUUAAAUUGCAGGGGCUCAUGGGGCAUUUUGGGAAAAUGGCAGCGACUGAUAUCGAGGGCUACGUGGAGCUUCCUGAUGGAAAGGUGGUGUCCGGCACAGAUUGGGGCAACUUGCUGCUGUGGGAUGGAAACGCCAUUAAAGUGGAGAUUUGCCGUAAGGAGGGUCGGACCUGCCACGCCGGGAUGGUUCAGCCGUUCGCUCUCGAGGAUGGACAGCUGAUGACGAUUGGCUCUGACGGAGUGGUCCGGGGCUGGGACUUUGAGAGCAUCGACGCCGCCGACAGCAACAGCGAGAGCAGCAGGUUUGAGAUGGAGCCCAUGAACGAGAUGGUGGUCGGACACAACGUCUGCCUCUCGUCUGUGACCAGGAGCUCCCUGCCCGACUCCUUCAUCUGGUUCGCUCAGGAUUCCAGUGGAGCCAUCUGGAAACUGGAUCUGUCGUUCACCUACACGACUCCGGAUCCUGAGUGCCUGUUUUCCUUCCAUUCCGGUCCGAUCCAGGGCCUGGACGUGUCCAAGAAAUCCUACCUGAUGGCCACGACCGCUCUGGACCGCUCAGUCAAAGUCUUUGACUUCUUGGCCAAACGAGAACUGACCACCAGCCGCUUCAACCAGGGUGGGACUGCUCUCAGCUGGGCUCCACCUCUGGUGAACCAGAGUGGAGGUUUACUGGUGACGGGCUUUGAGGACGGUGUGGUCCGCCUGCUGGAGCUGUACGACCCUCAGAGGCUGCACGUGGUCGCCGGGCGCAGCCCCAAAGGAGACGCCAAGCUGCGCCUCAAACAAGCCUUCAAGCCCCAUAAUGCACCUGUAACUGCUGUGGCGUAUGAGAGAAAUGGAGACAUCUUAGCCACGGGGAGCUCAGACUGCACAGUGUUCUUCUUCACCGUCGGCGAAAAAUACAACCCCAUCGGCUUCGUCCAAGUUCCCGGGCCGGUGCAGGGCCUGGAGUGGUCACCUCAUUCCCACGGUGAAAACAGGCUGCUCAUCCUGUGUCAGAGCGGUCACGUGGUCGAGGUGCACAGUCCUGAUCCGGACGCCCAGAAGCCGACCAAAACCUUCAAGCUGCCCGAGCUGCCCGGCAGAUCCUUCAGGUUCAGGAGCAUCAAAUCUCGAAUCAAGAGAGAGGAGGAGAUCGCGAGACGUCAAGCCGCAAAGGAGAAGAAGAGGAAGGAGAGAGAGGAGAGGCUGAAAGAGUCGAAGCAGCCAGAGGAGCAAGAGGAAGAGGAGGAGGAAGAAGAGGAGUUACCACCUAUCUACAUCCCCGACCCUCCGAGUCCUCUCUACUGUGGCUUCUACUCACAGCCCGGACAGUUCUGGCUCUCAAUGGGAGGCUUUGACUCAGGUUUCCUGUACCACUGUAAGUUCUCUGAGAAUCAGGAUGAGGAUCCAGACGAACGACAGGAUGAGCCCUUUGACUUCCUGCCCGUUCACAACACAGAUGACGACCCCAUUCGCUCCGUCACCUUCAGCUCCGACAGGCAGCUGUUGCUCUGCGGCAUGCACUCAGGGUCCGUCAGGGUUUACCUGCUGCAGCCCGCUGACCACAGCCUCACCUCCAUGCAGGCCUACUGGGCUCUGAGCGUCCACGACAACCAGUACGGACACCUGCGGCACAUCCGCUGCAGCCACGACGACCACUUUGUGCUGACGGCCGGAGACGACGGGAACAUCUUCUCCUUCAGCCUGCUCCCUCCAGAGGAGCUGCAGAAAAGCCUGCAGAGGAGGAGGGCCAAGGUUCCCUCGCCCAGGGUGGGUCUUGAAAAUGAGGUGUUGGCCCAGGACAUUGAAGACCCAGCAGCUUACAGCAUAGAAACGGCUAAACAGAAGCUAGAGAAGGACCGACUGCGUCGAGAGGCCGAGCUGAAGAUCACAGGGAAGCGGAAGAAGCUGGCUGAGCUCCAGAAGAAGUUUAAAGAGCUGCUGAACCACAACCAGAGUCUGCCGGAGCACGUUCGCCUGACACCUGUGGAGCUGCAGCUGGAUCGGCGUUUCCAUGAACAGGCAGAGCGGGUGAAGUCCCAGUGGGUGAUGGAGGUCAGGAAGCAGCUGGGCUGGGAGGAGGAGCGCUCCUGCGUAGGACUCAGCAAACUACAGGACUGGUUCAGGGACUCUCUGGAGGCCAACAUGGUCACCGUGGUCGCCAUCCGCACCGACCACAGACUCUCCACCUACCGUUUGCCGACGCUCGCCAAACCGUCAGCGGAUCUCCGACGUCAGAGCACCUCCAGCCGACCGGACAGAGACAGAGACGCCGCUCCGGAGCGCAGGAAAUCCAGAGCCGAGCCGGCAAAAGACAGCGUUAUAGUAGAAGAGGAGGAGGUGCUGCACCCUAAGGUGGCUCGUCCAGCAGCGGUUAAACUGGGAGAUCGGCAGAUGGAGAGGCUCCGAAAGGCGGCGGAGAAAGCUGAACAAGCUCGAGCCAAAAUAGAGAAGAGGAAGCAGGAAUGGGCCCAACUUUACGCAGAGAAACCAGACCAGAACUGCGAGGAUCCGCGGGACGUGCAGGCCAUCCGUGAAGCCAAGGAGAACAUUGGAGACUUAAAGCUGAAGUCGGACAAAGACUUCACGGUGCCGAAGCACCUGAGGAUGAACGCUGAGAGGAAGAGAGCGGAGCUGAUUGGCCUGGAGGAGAACAUCCGGGAGAAGCAGACUGAGAUGAACAGACGUAUCGUGGCGUUGCGGGACUCCAAGGUUCGCCUGGUGUCUCAGCUGCACGCUCAGGCUCAGCAGCUCCACAAGGUCCAGCAGCGUCUGGCGGUCCAUCUCCACCGGCCUCCACCCGCCCUGCCGACCGUACUACCAGAGGAAACUCCGGAGAGGAGGCUGCAGUACAGCCGGGCCACCCUGGAGAGAUACCGGGUCCUGAGGGAACAGAGUUUUAAGGGCGUGCAGCAGGAGGAGCAGGAGGGAAGCACACGGCUGCUGGAGCAGCUGGAGAAGGAGAUGAAGGAGGAGGAGGAGAAGAAAGAUGAUGAGGAGAGAGGAGAAGAAGAGACAUCAGUGGAGGAGGGAGUGGAGCUGAGUGAGCUGGAGGAGGAGCUGCUGAGGGAGGAGGAGAUCAGGCUGCUGCAUGAGCAGGACUCCCUGCUGGAGCAGAUGGACACUUCGAUGUGUCAGUUCGACACAGAGCUGCUGCUGCUGCGUCACCAGAAGCUGCGUCUGGACUGGCAGCUGAAACUGGCCGACCUCCAUCAGCUGACGCUCUACCAGGAGCUGCUGCUCCUCAAGGAGUUCGAGAGGAGGGAGGACAGCCUGCAGGAGAAGCUCAACGGACGCAUCAAGGAGGAGAACAGCAUCACGUCCAAACUGGAGGAAUGCAGUGAACAGCUGGAGCUGAAGCAGAGAGACAUAGCCAAACUGCAGGAGAGAGAGAAAGCUCUGAUCACGGCCUUCCAGGCCUCGCUGGGCGAAAACAACAAGUGUGAAGAGUUUCUGACCAAAGUCUUCAAGAAGAAGAUCAAACGUGUCAAGAAGAAGGAGCAGACCGGAGAUGAAGAAGAAGAAGCAGACAGCGAUGAAGACUCGGAUGAAGACGACGACUGGGACGAUGAUGAUUUUGACAGCGGCUCAGAGGAAGGAGGAGCAGCUCUGGACGACAGCGUCUGUCCUCCGGGCUGCGACCCAGAGCUGUUUGAAAACACGCUGCAGCUUCGUGAGCGUCGCCUGGACCUGGAGGAACUGCUGGUGGAGGAGAAGAAGAGUGCCGAGGCUCUGAAGAAGGAGUGUGACACCCUCGCCAAGAAGGAAAAAACAGUGAAGAACAAUCGAAAAACAGUGGAAGACGACUUGGAGUUGGUCAACAGAGAGAAACAGCAGAAGAUGAACGAGCUGGAUGUGGUGGUUCCUCUCAGGCUGCACCAGAUCGAGUUUGUUGUUAACGACUCGGUGCCGUCCGAUCUGAGCCCGGCGUUGGUUCUGGACAGGACGGAGCUGGGCAGGCUGCAGGAGCGGAUCAAGCAGCUACAGGUGGAGAAGAACCAGCAGAGAGAUCUGUACUUUCAGGCCCGGCAGCAGCACGUCAAGCUCAUCCACGACCGCAAGGACAUGGACACAAAGAUCCAGGUGCUGGACAAGCAGUGCAACGAGCUGAUGUUGAUGAAGUACGGGAGGCUGGUGGACGUGGAGGCUCUGCAGACACUGUCGGGGAACAGGACGCUGGAGGAACUCAAGCAGGAAAAACUCCAACGCGAGGCAGCGUACGCCAAGGAGAUCAAACAGUGGGAUGCAAAGGUCGAGGAGGCGCAUCAGGCUCUGAUGGAUGUGACCAAGUGUAACACAGAACGUCUCCUCAGUGUUACAAACCUCUUUGACCAGAAAAAGGAGCUGGACCAUAAACUCAACGCCAGGCAGAAGAAAAUGGGCAGACAGUUCCAGGAUUACAGGAGGCGUAUGGAUCAGGAGGAGAUCCGAAGGCUGCAGGCGCUGGUGAAAACACAGUCGCAGCAGGCCGAGGCCCUCAGGAGAGAGAUCGGCCUCCUCUCCCGUAAAGGAGGCCACGUCUUGCCCCCCAGCUAUGCCCCGCUGCCCCCGCUCGCCCCCUUACCGACCCCUGCAGACCGUAAGCAAGGUCCAGCGCGUCCAUCCAAACUGCUUAAAGCACAAAACUCACCCAGCAGACAUGGAGCUAUUUAACAGAGGCCAGAAAUAACAUACAGGUGUUGUUCUGUUAGAGGACUUUGUUCACUCUUUUCUAUUAUUAUGCUUCUUAAAAUUAAAAGAUUAUCUCUGUUUGUUGACCAGUGCUUUUACUGGCCUUUGAAGUGUGAAACCUUUUGUCCCACAUAACCUUUCAUCUAGCAUCAUCGUCAGAAAAUUAUUUAUAUUUUAAAAUGGACCUUGACGACAAAAAGCGGCUGAAAGAAUAGGUCUGCUAAUUUGAUCUCUUUUCUUGAUUUUAGUUAAAUGUCUUAAGAAGCCAACUCUAGAACCAGGACCCUAAAUCAUAAAUAACUUCAGACGGAUCUAUCUACAUGUCCAUUUAACGUCACAUGAUCUUGAUGAAACUAAGGUGCUAAUUUUAGGCACUGAGUCACAGACAUUGCCCUUUUGUGAUGCUUACAGCUUUUAACUGUGAAAAACUUUAGAUCCAGAUCUGUCGCUCCCACUUUCAUCAUUCAGUCACUCAAACAGAAUUUCCUGGAUUGUAUUCCUGUAUCUCACUGGUGCCUGAAGCAACAUGCCCACAUCAAACCAGCAGCUUCUAUUAUUGGAACAUGGGCUGCGUUUGGUUUUGAUUCUCACUAAAGGAAAGAGGAAACUAAUUAAAAUAAUAGACCAUAUAAUCUUCCCUCUGCCCACACAGACACUGAACACGUACACCCAGUGAGAUCAGUGUUUUCAAAUGAAAAACUGGUUUGGGAUGAAGCGGAAGUUUAAAACCACUCUGUCAUCCCUAAGUCUUUUACCAGAAUUUAGUAACUGGAUAUCUGAAAUGGAACAAAGACAGUCAAUAAAGUAGUUUUUGUUUUUUU